AUGGCUGAGGGGAAGACCGACGAAAAACCGGACUGCAGUUUGCCAGACAACGAACCGCGUGCCGUGUCCCCCCUGUCCAGUCCGAAAUCCAAACAACAUUCACCUUUACGUCGCGGACUGACCCGCAUGUCCAAGUGGGUUCACGCGGCCCGCAGAUCCCUUAGUUCGAGUGAGGAGAAUCACAUGGGCCACGGGAUAUCCAGCCCGACUGUGCGGCCGUCCGAAUUGCCGAAGGUUUCCGAUUGUAGUAUCGGCAAUGAAUCGGCCGGACCGAGUGUUGCCGAACUUCAAAAUGAAAUUGAAGAUUUGAAAAAGUUGGUGGAAGAAAAAGAUAAAAUCAUCUCUGAUUUGAGACAUGAGAUACAGCUAUUGAAGGAUGUCCUGAAAUCGGAAUCCGUCAUUGAAGGUGGCGCCCCUGAUAUUCUCUCCAGUAUCGUGGAUUCUAAAGAGCUACGAGUUUCUAAUCGCUAUGGACGUCACAUACCCCUCACCAAGAAACAGGGUGUCUCAGGGGAAAGUGCAUGCACCUACGACUAUGAAGACUUCCAAAUACAAAAGCACGAAAAAGAUUUCAAAUCCAAGCAGCUGAUUAAGGACGCCAUCAUGGAGAACGAUUUUCUCAAAAAUCUGGACAGUUCUCAAGUGAGGGAAAUCGUCGAUUGCAUGUACUGCCAGUAUUUCACGAAAGGAACUCAAGUUAUAAAGGAAGGGGAUGUAGGCAGCCAUCUCUAUGUGUCUGCAGAAGGUAAUCUGCGUGUGCUGAAGAACAGUAAAGUGAUUGGUGCUGUGGGUCCAGGAAAGGCUUUUGGAGAAUUGGCUAUACUCUAUAACUGUACAAGGACAGCAACAGUAGAAGCACUGGAAGAUGCAAAGAUUUGGGUCAUGGACCGCAAAGCUUUCCACGCCAUCAUGAUGAAAACAGGUUUACAAAGACAAGAAGCCAAUAUCAAAUUUUUAAGAAGCGUGCCUCUUUUAAAGAACUUAAAAGACGAAGUUUUGGCGAAAAUGGCUGAUGUAUUGGAAGUUGAAUUUUUUCCGUCCGGAGAAUACAUAAUACGCGAAGGUGUCAAUGGAGAUACUUUCUUCAUUAUCAGCAAAGGAAGAGUCAUUGUCACCCGAAUGAAACUAGACGUUGAAGAAGAGAUACGAUCCCUCGGAAAAGGAGACUAUUUUGGAGAGCGGGCUCUUCUCAACGAGGACAAAAGAACAGCCAAUGUCAUCGCGGCACAUCCCGGGGUGGAAUGUUUGGCCUUGAACAGGGAGUCUUUUAAAGAAUUAAUCGGAGAUUUGCGGGAGUUGCAAGAUAAGCAGUACGAAUAUAAUGAUGCCGCUUAUAAAAUACAGCCUGCUGAAGUUGAAAAGAGCGAAUAUGAUGACCUCACACUAGAAGACCUUGAAGUGAUCGCGACGCUUGGAGUUGGAGGAUUUGGAAGAGUCGAUUUAGUUAGGAAUCGCAAAGACGUGAAUCAAACCUUUGCCCUUAAAUGUCUAAAGAAAGUACAGAUAGUGUCUAUGGAGCAGCAACAUCAUGUGAUCAACGAAAAGAAUGUCAUGAUGUUGUGCAGGCAUCCAUUUAUUUGCAGGUUGUACAGAACAUUCAAGGACAAGAAGUAUGUUUAUAUGCUAAUGGAAGCUUGCCUGGGAGGAGAAGUCUGGACAUUCCUCCGGGAUAGAAGUCAGUUUGAUGAUCAAACGACACGCUUCUAUACAGCUUGCGUUGUGGAAGCGCUGGAAUAUCUUCAUUCAAAAAAUAUCAUUUACAGGGAUUUGAAGCCUGAAAAUCUGAUGCUUAACGAACAUGGAUAUAUAAAACUGGUAGAUUUCGGCUUUUCCACUCAGUUAAAGAGCGGCAAAAAGACUUGGACAUUCUGCGGAACUCCCGAGUACGUUGCUCCAGAAAUCAUUUUGAACAAAGGACAUGACCGCGCAGUGGACUUCUGGGCAAUUGGCAUUCUCAUGUUUGAGCUUUUUACGGGAAUGCCACCAUUCAGAGCUUCGGAUCCCAUGCAGAUAUACACCAUCAUACUGAAGGGUAUUGAUAUGAUUGAUUUUCCUCGCUCGAUACCUAAAAAUGCCCAGCAUUUGAUUAAGCGUCUGUGCAGGGAUAAUCCCACGGAAAGACUUGGAUACCAAAAAGCUGGUAUUGCUGAUAUUAAAAAGCACAAAUGGUUCCAAGGCUUCCACUGGGAAGGACUGAAAAAUCAAAAUUUAACUCCACCCAUUGUUCCUACGGUUUCUGGCCCAGCAGACACCUGCAAUUUCGACACAUAUCCAAAAUCAUUCGAAUGUCCAGAAGACGAAGAAUCUGGAUGGGAUGCAGAUUUUUAAUAAAUAGUUUUCUUUUUAUUUUUUUGGAUAAGUAUCCUGCUAUUGUGAUACUUAAAGCUAAACCGAAAUUUAAUUCAACAGAGUGCGCCUCCGUUACCUUGAAAGCUCUUCGUUUUCAUCUCGUCUCUGGUGGAAAUUGGAGCAAUUAUGAAACCUCAUCCUUCGACAGAAGUUAUUAAUGCCAAAGAACAGAUAAUGUAGAUUAGUUUUUCAUGAUGUAAAAAGUUCAUCAAUUUGACUUGUUUCAUGACUCAUGUAAGAUGAGCAUAUACGUAGUAAAUGAUUUAUAAAUAAUUUAUAAUUUGGAAUGAUAUGAAUAUUUGCAGGUAUCAUGUUACUGUUAGCAAAUAGGACUUGGACUUUUUGUUGCUGUAAAUUUGCUUCUUGUUUUAGAAAAUACGUAGAAGGAUUUAAAACAGGUUAUCUGAAACCACUGAUCACGAUAUCAAAGAUUUUCAUGCUAAACGAUAAUAUUUUUCCCAAAAUAUUUUCAGUUUUUUCUU